AAUAAGUCGAGUCGAUGAAUGGCGUGACAUAUUAUACUGCGUGAAAUUCAUUUUAUUGUGACCGUAAUACGCUAUGCAUCGAGAAAAACCAAAAACGUAUUGUCUCAGUUUGUGGUUUUGCGAUAAUCGCAGUAUACUGUUAUUUAUUUAGUUGUAAUGCGACAGCGGUUUUUUUCCAUUUCCUGACAGUAGAUGUAAUAUUAUUGUCGAUAUCAGAUCAUAAUUAAUUCGUUCACGUGAUAAUCGACUGCUGCAGUAUUUUGUGCUAACAAGUCUGGCUCUGCGUUUAUGCAUUCACCGACCAACAUCUUUAAAGUCAUUGACAGCAUACUUAUUCCAACCCGACUAGUGUUAUAAGUCAGGAGAAGGUCGAGACCUUACUAGAAUGGGACAAUACCCCUUGCCCCACGCAGUUACCGACAUACGAUGCGGAAACGACUUGGAAACAAAAGUCACGUAUGGCAGAAAGGCUACCAUCGCUCAGCUACUGGCUACGAUUGUUCAGAGUUUAUUACUGGUAAACGUAGGAAUGGAGUUGGCGAUGGCUACGGUAGUAAUCGGUUCACUUUACAAAAAUCCAAAAGCCGAAUUUUUGCUGUCUGAUUCGGAGUCGUCUUGGUACGGGAGUAUACUCUAUUUGUGUCAACCGAUCGGGAGUUGCAUGUCCGGGUACGCGCAGAAACACUUCGGAAAGAAGUCUUGCGUGGUUCUGGCUUGCGUUCCCAGCAUAUUUGGCUGGAUACUGUUGUGGUACGCUAACUCGGUUACCAUGUUGUACUGGUCGACCCUAACGAUGGGUUUGGGCUUGGGCUUUAACGACGGCCCGGCGUACUCGUAUAUUGGAGAGAUUUGUGAACCCAGACUCCGGGGAAUCAUGGCAUGUGUGAUAAACAUGGCAUGUCUGAUCGGCGUCUUGUCCAGCUUCGGGCUGAGUUAUGUUUUCCACUGGAAAACUGUGGCCGCGAUGAGCGCCCUAUGUCCGGUCAUGUGUCUGACAUUCGUGGCAUUUAUACCGGAGAGCCCGAUUUGGUUGCUGUCCAAAGGCAGAAACGAGAAGGCCAUGGACGCAAUAUGUUGGCUGAGAGGAUGGGUAGACCCUUGCGUCGUCGCCACCGAGUACCAAGAAUUGAUGUUUUAUUACAAGACGUCUGUCGACCAAUCAAAAACGAUAAGAGAUUCGAAAGGACUGUUUUCUUCGUUGUCGUGGAUCAAGAGCCCUUCUGUGUAUAGACCCCUGAGAUUGGCCACCAUUUACUAUAUAUUCACGUUGAUUUCGUGUUUGACGCCCUGCCGACCUUAUAUUGUCAAAUUAAUGUACGAAUCGGGAGUGAAAGAUACCCACAGCAUAUCUUUAGUACUUUUUGGAUUUAUGCAAUUGGCCGGGAGCGUGGGACUCACUUUAACGGUGCGGAAAUUGGGAAAACGAAUGUUGACUUUAUCGACGUUGUGCAUAAACACGCUGGCAAUAUUCAUGUUUGCUGUAUACUUCGUGUGUAUCAAUAAUUAUAAAUUGAUUAGCCCCGACGCCUACGUGCCAAUGGUGCUCUAUUCGAUCAUCAUGUUCUCUGGAGCUAUGGGCAUGUUGACAGUUCCUUGGACGUUGGUCAGCGAGAUAUAUCCUAACGAAGCCAAAGGAUUCGCAUCUAGUCUGACCACUGCAAUUUUUUACAUCCUAACAUUUUCGGCGACUAAAGUGUAUUUAAGCGUCGAAAACACUUUGGGCUUAAACAAUACCUUCUUCAUGAUGGCAGCUUUCAGUUUUGUUGGGUUCGUUUACCUCUACAGAAAUAUGCCGGAGACCGAGAACAAAACUUUUAUGGAAAUUGAGGAAUUUUUCGUACCCAAAAACGAGCAAACUUCUACCGAGCUGUUACCCCGGGCCGUAUGAUGAUAUACAUAUUUAUUUUUAUAAUUGUACAUAAACAGUUAGUAUUAAAAAGUUACCUGUCCAAGGAUGUAUUUACAAAUUUGAAUUAUUACAUUCUGAUUGUGCCAUUAUUGUGAGUGACAGUUACAAUGUUUUUUUUAUGGGAUUUGUAUUGUUAUAUUAUAUUAAUACAUCAGAUUCUAUAAAUACAUGUUUCAUGAACACAACAAUAUGCGACGAGUAAGAACUCGUUAACUAUUCUGAUAUGUAAAAUAAUUCAAAUUCCUUGAUUUGUGUUUGAACACUACUUUUAUUAAAUGUUAACACUCGUUUAUAUUUUAAUUUAUUAUACGUUACAUAAUAUUCCAUGUUAAAACUUGUGAUUGUUAUUAUUUUUGAAAGCGACUGUUGUUAAAACAUAAUAUGUUUCACCUUCUAUUUAAUGAAGUUUGUACACAAUUUUUUUAACAAAAGCAAUCGUCUUAUUUAAUGUUGAAACCAACCACAUAUUAAUGUUAUAUAAUAAACUAUUAUCAACUUC